AUGAUUUUGAAGGACUUUAAUAUAGAAAAAAUACUGAAAUUAGCUGUAAUUCAUGUAGACCAAAUAACUUGUAUUGAAUGUUGUAAAUAUUAUUCAGUUCCUACUACAGCGAUAUGUGGGCACACACUAUGCCAUUCAUGUUGGCGUGGGAGAGGAACGUGCCCUUCAUGUGGACUGCAAAUAGAAAAAAAAGCAUUAAUGUUAAAUUUACCAGUUCAGAGUCAAAAAGAACAUGUCUACAAUUUUAUCCAAACAUUUGAAGAUCUUUUUAAUGUAAAACUUGACGACUUUUUGAUAAACAUACCUGCUGAAAAAGAACUUGAAGAUCCCAAUAAAAAUGUAAAAGCUUGGCUAUCAAGUUCUGAAAAUCAUUUCUCAGCCCCAGUGACAGACUCUCAACAGUCCGCCCAAUUUCAAUCUAUGGAACAAGAUUUGGUCCAAACUGUUAAACAUGUAACAAACGACAUUCAAAUUCAUUCUGAAAAGGCAAACAUUUUGAAGUCGAUUGAUGUUGUUCAUAUAACACCCCAACAAGAUGAUUGGGAUAAAAUUGAAGAAAUGCCAGAAGUAGAAAACAAUAAACAAGAAAAUCCUGUUGGGCCAAUGGAUAUGGAAUCAUUUGGUUUCUUGAUGAAUGAUAAAGUUUAUUCAUCAUGCAAUCCUAGAAGAAGUUCUAGAAAAAAGGAAAGUUGUGUAGAUGACAAUAUUGUAUCUCUUGAAAAAUCUUCAGAUAAGAAUAGCCAUAAGACAUUCAAUAUGGAUGCAGAAAAUAACUCUACUAAGCUUACUAAAAAUUGGAAUAAUGUAAAAAGAAUGAAAAAGGAAUUCAGUAAGCUAAAUAAGAAGAAUAAGAACAAAUUAAACAUUUCUAUUGAAAUGUGUAAAAAAACUCAGACUAAUAAAGGAGGUUUUUCUAAAUCACCAGAUGUUCUAUAUGAAAUCGAAGAUAAUACUCCAACAACUAAAAAUAAUGAUAAUGAAGUCACAAAAGUUAAUUCAAAAAACAAACUUACAGAUAUAAAAGAAAGUAGCAAUGAAAAUAAUAACCCACAAAUGAUUGACACAAAAGAAGAUAGUAUUUCUAAUAACAAGUCUAUAACUAACAAUACAACAAAGUCUACUCCUGAAAUUAAGGACUCUGAAAAAGAAAACCACAUGGAAUACACAUUAAAAAAUAAUCAUUAUACUGUUUCAGAAAAAGAAAAACACAUUCAAUACACAUUAAAUAAUAAUCAACAUAUCAUUCCAAAAACCUAUAAGCAAGUAGACCCUCCUAAAGUUUGCUUCUUUAAGAAAGGUGUUUUGAAUAAAUCUAUUGAUAAAACUAUAAAUCCCAAUGAAAUUGACUUGGAACAAAACAACAACUCUAAUAAAUUAACUUCUAACAAUGAUGACAUUGAAAUAUCAAUAAAAAUAGGUAGUAUGAUAGCAAAUAUUUAUAUUAAAAAAAAAGAAAAUGAUAUCCAGUUUAAAAUUAAUUCAGACUGUGAAAUUCAAACAUCUUUAACUAAUUUGGUUAAAGAAAAAGAAAAUACAUCAUGUUCUCCACAUAACAUUACAGAAAGGCAAAACAUAAAUAGCAAAGAUAAUAAUGAUCUAAUUAUAAAUGAAGUUGCUUCUGUUAUUACAAAAGUACAGAAUGUUGAAAAAUUUACACCCUCAAAAAAGAAUACAGCUUCUGCUGACACAGCAACAGUUCAAUGUGAAAUAACUGAAAGUAUAGAGAAAGAAUUUGCAAAUACAGCUAACGCUCAAUUUGCUGAAAAGACAAGCGCAAUAUCACAAAACGAAAGUAAUGCUAAUGAAAAUUUAAUAAAAAAUCUAGCUCAACAAACUACAAAGCAACUAGGUAGUAUUUCUGAAGACAUAGAAUUUUUAAAUGACAUUUUCGAUGGUGAAUCUGUUAAAGAAGCAAACAUUCAACCUCUUAUAACAUCAAAAAAUACUCCUUCAACAAUAUUAAAGUUUACUACGAAAAGCAAUAAAACAAAAUCCCAAAAAGAUAAAAGGGAUAGAGAUUGUACUGAAAUAGAAGAUCUCCCCAAUAAUAAGAAAAGAAAAAUAUCACAUAGUGAUUGUAUAAUUGAUGAUAAUUUAAAAAAUAAAUCACAACCAACUACAGAAAAGGAUGUAAUGGAACAAGACAGUGAAAACAUGAAUUAUGAUGCAAUAAUGAGUCAAGUAUUUGCUAAUAUAGAUGCCGACAUGGGAAAAUUACCAAGUAAUUCCAAUAAAAAUAAACCGUUACAAAACCAUAAAAAUAAAAGAUUGUCAGAAAACAAUGAAAUAGAAUUUUCACCAAAAAGCAAUGCAAUAAAUAAUAAAGAAGUUAUAAAUGAAAAAUAUAGUGAAAAUAUUUUUUCUCUAUCAAAAGGAGGUCAAGAUUCAGAAAUAUUUGUAACAUCAAAUUUUAAGACAUUUGAAGAUAAAGAAAACACUAAGAUUACAUUUGAAAAACCAUAUGAAGAAUUGGAAAGUAUGGCAAAUAUUAGUAAAACAAAUAAAGAAAAUAAUAAGCAAGUUUCACCAACAGCUGACUUAGAUAUUAUUGAGCUUAGUACUCCAGUAGAUGACGAAGAUUCUGAUAAAAGUGUAGUGGAAGAAACACCUCAGAAAACUCAAUCUUUCACAAGGAAUAAAAAUGAAGUACUUGUGUGUAACACUCAGCAAUUAACAACAAAAGCACCAAAACCUACCCAAUGUAAUAUGGAUACAGAGGAUGGAAUAAAUAUAAUAAGUCUUUCAGAUACAAUAGGAAAAUCUACUAAAAUAAGUGAAAAUAUAACAGUAGUGGAAACAAAAAGACCAACUUUAGAAACACCACUCAAUAUAACGAAAUUCGUUGAUCAAAUUAAACACAAAUCGACUCCUGUAGCUCGAAAAUCACUCAACUUUAUGAGUCAGAAUGAUGAUGAUCCAGAACAAACACUUUGUCCAAGUUCUUUUGUUGCAGCAAAAACAACACAAGAAAAAGAAUUUUUAUCUAAAGCUUUCAAUCAAUCACUUAAUUCGCCAACGCAAGGUGCCGUUCGUAGAAAAGCUUCAAAGCUUUGUAUAGCUGGUUCAUGUUUAACAAUAGAUGAGCAGGCAAACCUUAGACUUCUGUGUUCUCAAAGAAAGUGGACAUUUGUUGAUAAAUAUAUAAAAGAGUUAACGCAUUUGGUGGUUGGAGUCGACGAGGAGAAUAAGUCCCAACGUUCAGUAAAAUAUAUGUGUGCUCUUGCCGGCGCUAAAUGGAUCGUCUCUUACACAUGGGUCGAAAGGUGCUUAGAAACAAAUAGUGUCGUUGAUGAAGAAGCAUUCGAAGCGCUAGAUGGCACGGGCGAGCCGGGCCCGCGGCGCUCGCGCCUCGCCAAGCAAAAGCUAUUCCGAGGAAUCACCUUCUACUGCAUGCCGCCCUUCAGUGUGUUAGAUAUCGAUACUUUAAAGGAUAUUCUGCAAUGGGCGGGUGGGUGUUUGGUGGAGGAGGCGCGGGCGGCGCGCGCGGGGGACGCGCCCGCGCUGCUGCUGGCCGAGCCCGAGCACACGCAGGAGGACCGGUUCAUAUAUCUUGCUAUGGAGCUGAAUGUGGUACCGGUAAAUUAUGAAUGGGUGCUCAAUUGCUUAGGAAGCUACACUUUGGGCUCUAUACAUGAGCUAUUACUUUGCCCCGCGUCUCUACUGCCAAAAGCUACAGCUAAAUGGCCAUCAGAGUUAAUGUCUCGUGAAUAUGAA